AUGGCUCAGCAAAAUCUCCUGCCAAACAACAGAUGGUCCGACACAAGUACUGUUGUGCCCACAAGGCCGGUCAGCUAUGCCGACCCCGAGAAGGCAUCCCCUCCUCUGGAAGAAGCGCAGGCAGGAGUACCAACAAAGCCCAACUCCAAUGCAUCAAAGGCUGUCUCUCGAUCGACUCAGGAACGCCCUACCGCUCUUGACUGGGAUAGACCAGACGAUCCUCUCAAUCCUUACAACUGGUCGCUUGUACGGAGAUGGUUCCAAACGUACACCAUUUCAGGUGUUGCGCUGGUAGGAACUUUUGCGUCCUCUGUUUUCACGCCAGGCAUCAACGCCACAGCGGUAGAGUUUGGGUCUCCCAUCAUCAUCGCUACAUUGGCAUUCUCUAUCUAUCAGCUCGGUCUGGCUUUUGGUGGACCCUUCGCAGCACCGCUCUCUGAAAGCUUCGGCAGGAAACCAGUGGUCUUCAUCAGCAUACCGAUCUUUGCGCUCUUUAUUCUGGGCACUGGCUUUGCGAACAACAUGGCUACCCUUGUUGUGCUUCGGUUCUUCGCUGGCUUCUUCGCCGCACCAAGUCUGAGUAUGGGAGCUGGAACGCUAAGCGAUCUGUGGCAACCAGAGAAGCGAUCAGGUCCGAUGUCAAUGUACGUCGCGGCGCCAUUCUUUGGAAACAGGCCAGCUUUGGGUCCUCUGCUUGGAGCCGCAGUUACGCAGACUGUUGGCUGGCGUUGGACGUCUUGGCUGAUCCUCUUCUUCACCAUCGUAUUGGUGAUCAUCCCUGCGCCGUUCUAUUGGGAGUCGUACAAGCCGAUCAUACUCCGUCGACGAGCAAAAGAGAACGAACAGCCAAUACCUCCAUCGCCGUUCGAAGACGCUACCUGGGCCAAAGCUCUCAAGAUCUACGUCUCGAAAACCCUGAUGCGACCGAUGCACAUGUUGUUUACUGAACCUAUUGUCGCAGCGUUCAACACAUACAGUGCCUUCAACUUCGGGCUACUAUAUGCUUUCUUCGCCGCCUUCCCUCAAGUCUACCUCGAGUACUACGGCUUCGACAGUCUGUCAACCGGCCUUACCUUCCUUGGUGUUGGUGUGGGAGUCAUCGCAGCCACAAUCGUAAUCGUUCUGUUCAGUAAGAAGUGGUACCUGCCUCGCGUUCGCGAGGCCAUACAUAACGACGAUCCUGCGCCUUCUUUCGCGACGUCUCGACUCGAGCCCGAGAAGCGUCUGCCUUUGGCGAUGGUUGGCGGACCCUGCAUCACUAUUGGUAUCUUCAUGUACGGAUGGACGACCGCAUAUCAGGUACAUUGGCUCGCACCGACGAUCGCUGAGGCACUCUUCGGGUUUGGAAACAUGCUGGUCUUCAUGGCUUGCAUGAUGUACAUCACCGACACUUAUGGCCCGCUCUACAGCGCAAGCGCAAUGGCUUCGAACGCGAUCCUAAGGUACAUUUUGGGAGGCACAUUUCCUCUCUUUGCUGUUCAAAUGUUCCGUGGGCUAGGGCCUCAAUGGGCAUGCACGCUUUUAGGAUGCCUGAGUAUAUUGGGCUCUUGUAUCCCGUUCGUGCUAGCCAAGUUAGGACCUGGUCUGAGGAAGAAGAGCGGUUAUAAGAGGGACGGUUGA